AUGGCGCCAAAAACCAUGAAAGCCCUGCGUCUUGUCAAGUACAACGCACCCUACGAACUCCAAGAAAUCCCCGUCCCGACAAUAAAAGACAAUGACCUGCUCCUCAAGGUUGGAGCCGCCAGCUUCUGUCACACAGACUACCAAGUCUACGAGGGCGUCUACCAGUCUCCACUCCCAUUGACGCCCUCCCACGAACCAGUAGGUACAAUCGUCGAAGUCGGCCCCAAAGCCGCCGCAGCAGGAUGGAAAGCCGGGCAGAGAGUCGGAAUGCUCAACUUCCGACACGCCUGCAAUUCCUGCACAGGGUGCAGAGUCGCGCGUGAUCCCAAGGACCCCAGCAAGCCUGACCUCCGCUUCUGCCAGGGCGAGACCAAGGAUAUGGCGGGGAUUAGCGGCGACGGCGGUUUUGCGGAAUACGUCGUUGCGGACGCGGAUGCAAGCGUCGCUUUACCUGAGGGCUUGGAGUUCGCACAAGCCGCGCCGCUUAUGUGCGCUGGAGCAACGGUAUGGGGCGGCCUCGACGAAGCAGGCGUCAAGCCAGGCCUCCCCAUCGGCGUAAUCGGCAUCGGAGGCCUCGGCCUCCUAGCAUUACAAUUCGCAGCCGGCCUCGGCCACCCCACAUUCGCCAUCGACAACCGUCCUGAAGGACGCCAGUUAGCCGCAGACCUCCCCUCGCACCUCCGCCCAAAGGCAAUCAUCGACUCGACAACCGAGAGCGCCACGGACGAGAUCGUUAAUGCAGCAGGCGACGGCGGCCUCGCGGGCGUCCUCGUCUGCACGGAUAGCGUGGAGGCUACAGAAUGGAGUCUGAAACUGCUGCGGACCAAGGGCGUGUGUGUGCCGCUGGGUUUACCCGUUGAGGGGUUCAAGUUCAGUGCGUUCGAUCUGAUCUUCAAGCAGUUGAGUGUUCGGGGGAAUCUUGUUGCGAAUCAAAGGCUUGUGCGUGACAUGAUGAGGUUGGUUGCUGAGAAGGGGGUUCGGAGUCAUGUUACCACCAUGACGCUGGAGGAGGGCGUGAACUUGCCGGAACGGUAUAUGGAUCCGAAUUUGAAGGGGAGGUUGGUUGUUACGUUCUAG